AUGUGGCCUGCGCUUGUCCUCGGCCUCUGCCUGCUGGCCUUGGGGCUGCUGGGCGCCCGGCUCUUCGGCCGGCCGGGGAACCCCUUUGCCGGGGGCCCCCUGCAGCCCCCCAGGCCGCUGGUCACGGAUCAGAAGGUCAGGGACAAGGUCCUGAAGCAGGGUUUCGCCCUGGAGAAGGUGCCGCCCGACCUGGACGCCAUCGUGAUCGGCAGCGGGAUCGGAGGCCUGGCCGCGGCGGCUGCCUUGGCAAAGGCCGGCAAGCGGGUCCUGGUGCUGGAGCAGCACGACCAGGCGGGGGGCUGCUGCCACACCUUCCAGGAGAAAGGCUUUGAGUUUGACGUGGGCAUCCACUACGUGGGUCAGAUGCACCCGAUGGGCAUGCUGCGGGUGGCUUUGGACCAGCUCACGGACGGGCAGCUGGAGUGGGUGCGGCUGGAGGACCCCUAUGACUGCGUGACGGUAGGGGACCGGGACUACCACUUGCGCUCGGGGAAAAGGACCUUUGCGGAGGAGCUGGAGAAGCAGUUCCCGGCGGAGAAGGCGGCCAUCCGGGAGUUCAUGAGGCUGUCCAAGGUGGCGGCGACACGGGUGCCCCUCAUCGCCAUGCUCAAGAUGAUCCCCCUCUGUCUGGCCACGCUGCUGAUCCGCACGGGCCUCGUUCACUGGGUCUCCCCCGUCUUCAAGAUGGCGGACACCAGCCACAGCCAGGUCGUGGAGCGGCUGACUGCCAACAAGGACCUGCAGGUGGUCCUCAGCUACUUCUUCUACGGCGUUCCCCCCCGGGACUCCAGCUUCCUCAUCAACGCCCUCAUGGUGCACCACUACAAGCGCGGCGCCUGGUAUCCACGUGGGGGUGCCAGCGAGAUCGCCUUCCACGCCAUCCCGGUGAUCCAGCGGGCUGGAGGUGCUGUGCUGGUGAGAGCCCGCGUGGGGAGGAUCCUGAUGUCCGAGGGCGGCGCGGCUGUGGGAGUGACGGUGCAGAAGCGGGGCCAGGAGGAGAAGGUUUAUGCCCCCGUAGUGAUCUCGGACGCUGGGAUAUUCAACACCUUUGGGACGCUGCUGCCCCCCGAGAUCAGGAGCAAAGCAGGGAUCCAGUCUGUGCUCGGCAUGGUACAGCAUGGCAUGGGCUCCUUCCUGGUCUUCGUGGGCCUCCAGGGGACCGCCGAGGAGCUGGGCAUCAAAUCCACCAACUACUGGAUCUACCUGCACAACGAUCUGGACGAGAUGAUGACCCGCUACGCUGCCCUCAGCAGGGAGGAGGUCAGUGAGAACGUGCCCAUGAUGUUCAUCACCUUCCCAUCAGCCAAGGACCCCACGUACCAGCAGAGGCACCCAGGCCGGUCCUGCAUGACCAUCCUGACCAUGGCUCGCUACGAGUGGUUCGAAGAGUGGUCAGGGGCCGGUGUGAAGAACAGAGGGGAAGACUACCACGCCUACAAGAUGGAGAUCGCCCAGCAGCUGCUGGACAUGGCCUUGGAGAGGUUCCCUCAGCUCCGUGGCAAGGUGGAGUUCUUGGAGGCGGCCUCCCCUCUCACCAACCAGCACUACCUGGGGGCGCCUCGCGGGGAGAUGUACGGGGCCGAGCACCACGUGACUCGCUUCGCGCCGGCCGUCGUGGCCACCAUGCGGGCGGAGACGCCCGUCCGGAACCUCUACCUCACGGGGCAGGACGUCUUCAGCUGCGGCCUGGCCGGGGCCUUGCACGGCGGCCUCAUCUGCGCCUCCGCCGUCCUCAACCGCAUCCUCUACGUGGACCUGCUGCUCCUGAAGAAGAGACUCAAGAGAGAGCACGGCAAGAAAGCAGCCUAG